GCAUUUUUGCAUUUAGGCUGAUUAAACACGACACUUUUAAUGAUCAACUGAAACACUGUCAUUUACUCAGUAUGGAUAGACCCAAAGGAGAGCAGCGUAUUAACGAUAUGCGGAUACUGUCGUCUCUGGUGAUCCUUAGCCUCGCACACUGGGGAACUGCUGGAAACACUACCGAGGAGGCAGACCACGGCAGAUCAACGGCAAGUUGGUGGGAGGCACUGCCUCGGCUGUUGACUGACGUUGUAACCAUGAAGGUAAACGUUCUCACGGCUGCUCCGCUCGAACUGGCCGCCAAUACACUCGAUGCUUUGUGUAAGGAUAGUCUUUCCCUGGAAAUUCCUCAUAUAUCAAAGAUAUUCCCAGGCUCCUCGACCUUGUUUCUUGGCAGCGUUCCAGAGCAGAUCUCGCCGGACAUCAGGAAAAUGCACUUCCAGUAUAUGACACCCUGUCAGAAUUAUAGUGUACCUCUGCUCGAGGCCUCCAAGCUCUGGCGGCAUUCGAGGUUCAGCAAAGGCCGCAAGGUGGUGAUCCUGGCCACUGGUUGGACCAACACGGUCAAUGAGUCCUCCGCCAUUGCCAUGAUCUCCAAGGCCUUUAUGUGUCGGGGUGAUGUGAACUUUGUGAUAGUGGAUGCUGCGGAUUAUGUGGACACCCUCUACUCCUGGUCGGCCCUCAACACGGAUGUAAUAGGCGAGCAUAUCGGCGUGGGUCUAACCCACUUGGUGGAACUUACCCCGUUGCGCAACAUUCAUUUGAUAGGCCAUUCCCUGGGAGCUCAUAUAAUGGGCACCGCCGGCCGGACAUUCAAGCGGCUGACUGGAAAGCUUAUACCCAGAAUAACAGGCCUGGAUCCCGCCAAGCCCUGCUUCAGGAGGGAGAAUAUACUGCCCGGACUGACGCGUGGUGAUGCCAAGCUGGUGGACAUAAUUCACACGAAUAUUGGCAUUCUGGCCAAGCGAGGACCGCUGGGGGAUGUGGAUUUCUAUCCGGGCGGAGCACAUCCCAUACAGCCGGGCUGCCUGACUAUUGGCUGCUCGCACACCCGAGCGGUGGAGUACUUUGCGGAGAGUGCGUAUCCCCAGCAGGAGAAGAACUUCAUGGGCACCAAAUGUGCUUCCUGGGAGAAGUUGCGGCGGCGGGAUUGCUCGGCCGGAAUCGUUUCCCCAAUGGGCUAUAGAAUAAAUCCGCAGGCUAGGGGCAUUUACUAUGUAGACGUCAAUGGCUGGCCACCUUUUGGACGAAAUUCCCAGCAGAAUAUUGAUCCCAGAUCCAGGACUUGCUAUUUGUGUGAGACGUGAAAUUAUAAUCGGGCUU